CACCACUAGCCACACAGCACUGACUAAGAAAAAGCAACAUACUACAGUCAGCAUCAAUCAAAUAGCGAAUGAUUCCAUUCUCUUUAUGCUCACGGAUCUAUCCUGCAGUUCUCUCUCUCCCUGGCACCGUCGCCUCAGUACCGACUCGAUGCCGAGGUCGAUCGAGUGACUCCACGUCCCAGCCAGAGAGGAGAAUUCUACAUUACUAAGCGGGAAAGACAACUGCGUGUCGGUAAUAAUGGACGGAAGAGGAACGUUUCAGAAACAACCAGUGGGUAGUGGCAGUGCAGCGGCGGGAGCUCUUAAUACGGGUCUUGUGAUGAGCCCCAUAUUUACAGAGACUGGUGGAAGUAAUGUUCGACACCCGUCACCGGCUGCCACGCCGCAGACUAUUGGUAGCUUACCCCAAUUUCAGGGGAAAUAUUACCCACCAACAAUGCCUGGUGCAAACUAUUCCUAUUUGAGCGGCUACAUGACUUCGGUACCUGAUGCUUACAAGCAGUCACCGAGCGGAUCGCCUGGCUCUCUCCCGUUAAGCCAGUACUGGCCACCCUCAGAAGGUUAUUCACGUUACCUUGGUAAUGCUGUGUACUCACCGUAUUUGAGUCCAAUGGUGUCAGAGACGCCUGGGUCGAUGUAUGCGCCUAGCAUGAGACCUGCUCAGCAACCACUGGCUGCUUAUCAUAAAUUAUACGAAGCUGACAGUCACAUGCAGUUGUCGAUGCCAACACCACCCCAUGGUGCUGGGAUUGUUAGCUUGCCAAGCUCCAUGGCAACGCACUCAACAUUAUCUUCUCAAAAAGAGCGGGAAAUCAGCAAUGUGAAGUCCUCAUCACAGCAGUCUCCAGCAUCAACAAAAACUAAAGACUCCAGAGAAAAAGACUCUGGAAAAACGGUGUCAAAUGGGAAAGACAAAUCCUGCGGCUCAAAAUCGUCAGAAAAUGUACAAAAGCAAGAAGCGAAGCGAACUGAUUCUAAUAAUGCCCAUAACUCUGGCAGCAAAACUGAAAGGAAAAAUGAUAAAAAGCUGGCAACUAAUAGUGAAAUAAUUGGAACAGGAACAGCAUCAACUGUAACAUCACCUGUUUCCAUGGCAGCUUCUUCUUUGUCGCCUUCUUUGAAUUCAUCAGCUGGAGGAGGACUUCCAGACACAAUUGUAUCAAAAUUGAAUAGUGUCCCUAAAGACGAAAAAAUGAAUGAAAUAUCAUCUCCGGCUCUGCAGCACCCUCUCGUCUUGCCACAUCCAGCAUUAGAGGCUGACGGUAGACCAGUAAAAGCAUCUAAGAAAAAAGAUGCAAGUGGGAGUGAACGUAAAAGGAAAUCUAGCAAAAAGAAACACGAUACUCCCAGUGAGAUUGUGUCACAGACAAUGGCCACUGUUGCCAAGACAUCAAAUUUAGUUACCGUGGCACAAAGUGCAGUAACUAUGACAUCCAGUGCAAUAACUUUACCAUCAUCAUCAUCAUCAUCAUCUAUUUCCACGUUAACAUCUUCUGCUACAAAUGUUGUAAGCGAGGCAACAGUCUCUACAAAAACGCACUCUGAUUCUGUGGUAACGACCAGUGUGGUAUCAACAUCGACGAAACACAGCACAUCACCGAGUGGUCACUGCCAUGGUAACUCGCUAGUAUCAGGUCAGACUGUUGUGCAAGUGUCCACGCCAGCUUCUCUGACAAUUACAUCACAUGGUGCCAUACUAGCAACCAGCAGCAUGCCCUCGCUGUCCUCGACAACUAGCAGUGGUUAUGUCUGUCCUUUCUAUCCAGGGUAUGUCUCACAUACACAUCCUGGGCAUGACAGGGAGAAGGACGGACACAAGGUUCAUGCCACCACCUUUAUGCCUGAAGUUGGGACUGUUGCUAGCGAUCUCACGGUGUCGAGCGUAUCUUAUUCCUCAAACAAAAGCAAAGAAUGUGAUAAAUUGACAAAUUCUGAUUCUAAAAUUAUAAAAGAGGAGAGGACUAGUAAGGAAUCCACAAAUGUGCCUGUUUCUAUAGCAACACCUAUGAAAAAUAGAACUAUUGAAAAUGCAGUUGGAAAAAUUGUAGAAAAUGCGUUAACGCCACUACAGUAUUUGCCGUCAGGAAACCAUGGCAACCAGAAGUCCGGGAGGAGUAGCGAAUCUGUGAAAAGCUUGAAAUCAUCAAAAAGCGAUAGGCAUGAAAAGCAGAAGAAGAGUUCGCGAGGGAGCAACGAGCAUGGGAAGAGUAAAUCUGAUGGAGUUGUAAAGUUGGAUAUUCCAAGUAUGCGACAGAAUGAACGAGUUUUAGAAUAUCGAGAUAGUCGGACAGACGGACAUCAUAUACUGCAACAGCCCCCUUCACUGCCGCAUUCUGAGUUGACUCCUAGUCAGGACGUGCCGAAGGAAGCUGUGAAAAUACAAGACAGUUCACAAUUUCGGGAUAUCAUCCAUGAUCACAGCCAACAGGGUCGGAAUGUGACGUUAGUGGACAAUACGCCUUCAGUUUCGAUAGGGGAAAGGACACAGAAUGUGGGCCACUCAUCGUACAUGGAUUUAGAAACGCAACGACGUAUGAUGGAAUGGAACCAGCAUGUCGCUGCUCAACACGUGGCCUCGCAACAUGGAUACUAUUAUCAUCUACCUGAACAUAGAUACACUGAAUCAGAUUCAAUAAAAGCCGACGGCAGGCAACAAUCGAUUAGGGACGCUUCUGAGGCGGACAGUGGUGAUAGUCGUAAAAAUGGACAGAAAUCAAAUGAGGAAAAUUUGCAACAUUGUAGGAAUGUGAAAACAGUUGUAGCAAACAGGACUAAAGUAUUACAAGAAGAUCCAGAGCAACAUUCUGGUAGUCAUAGGAACAAAGCCAAUCACAGCAAGCCAAAUAACAAUAAAAUAAGUAAGCAUUGCGAUAAUAGUAAAAGUAGCUCUCGGAGUAGUAAUACAAAUGAGAAAGGUCAGUCAAUGACCAGUGCACAAGCUUCUUUCAUGCCUCCUCCACCAUCAGAAUAUAGUCCUAUGAAUUUUUAUCCCGGUAACAAAGUUGGGGAUGGACGUUAUCCUCCUGUAGGUAUCGCCGUGGCACAACAGAGGCAUGAGCGGGAAGGUGAGGCUGCACAGAUGUCGCUGUCAUCAUCUAUCCCAACACAAUCGCCAAAACUGUCCACACAGAAACGACCGUCGCCGUCAACCACUCCGUCACAAAGGCCACAGCAGCCUUCACCAGUGUCGCUACCAUCCUCACAACAGCAUAGUCGACCGUCCAGCGGAGCCUCAAAUAAAGAGUGCACAUCAACGAUGACACCCUCUGUCAGACCGGACAACUCGGAUGAAUCUGACAAGGACGAAAACAGACACUCGUCACCUGAAAAAUCGCAUCACUCUUCUGAAAAAUCUCAUCAAACAUCAGACCGAUCACGCCCACCGUCAGAAAGAUCACAUCCUGCCUCAUCAGAGAGAUCGCACACAUCGGAAAGACUACCAGCGUCAUCUGAGCGGCCACAUGGUCAUCUUCCACAUCACAGUAUUGAUCAUGAUAAUGAAAGGGAACAGUUUCUACGAGAGCAAAGGGAUAUGUACAUGAAACCACCUUCAGCAAGUCACAUGUUAGGAGAAUUGAGUUCAAAUCUCAUUGUCACGGGAGGUGGUACGUUACCCCCUGGAGUUCACCAGUGGGAAGGAACAGAAGCUGCAGCUGCAGCCGCGCAGCAAGCCCAUCUUGCCGCGACAGCAGCACACUGGCUUCCUAGAGCUGCUGCAACGAAUGGUACGCCGUUAUGGUUAACGCAUCCACCUUACGGGCAUCCUUCACUUCAUCAUGGUAGUAUGGAUGGAGCCAGCACGCCGCAUGGACACGUACAACUCCCCCACACUGGUUUGCUGGCGAGAGAUCCGGCCACUGGUCAGAUUGUCAUCAUUCCCUCAGAGCACGCUGGUCUUGAAAUUUUGGAUCGUCAAUCUCUAUGGCCGUACACCAGUCCUUCCCCACAUCUGCAACCGCAUGGACACCAACUGCAGCAGCUUAUGCUGAACCAGCAUCAGUACAGUCCACUGCAGCACCAGCAAAUACUGCAACGUCAGGAACAGCAGCAACGAAGUAUGGAGCUAGCGUGGCAACAGCAACAGCAGCAGGCAAGCAUGCUUCAGCAACAAGCCAGUUUCUAUAAGCAGGCUCAGCGUUACCAGGAGGAACAGCAGCAAAAACAAAAACAAAAACAGCAGCAAGAAGCCAGGGAAGCUGAAGAACGACAAGAAAGAGAAUCUCAGGCUGCUGCAGCGGCUGCUGCGGCGGCUUCUGCUGCAGCCCUUGCAGCUGCUUCAUCGGCGCAUAAUGACAAAAGUGCCGCAGAAAGUGAGAGAAGUGUAGAGAAAGAGAAAAGUUCAGAUGAUGAGAAACCAAAAGUUGAAGAGGACAGAAAAGACAAUGUGUCUUCACAGCAUCCCUAUUUUCCCACAAUGCCCAUUGCUGGUCAGCCACAUUAUUCAUUCCUCUAUCCUCCAACUCCUCAAUAUUUCUAUGACCAUCCAGCAGGUGCUUUUAAUGUCCCCACUACUACUUCCAAUGUUUCCAUGGUGAAGCCUGCUGUCAGCACAUCCAGCUCGUCUUCUUCACCAUCAGCAACAACUGUUACCACUUCUGAAGUUACGAUAACAAAAUCCUCUGUUUUGGUCUCUUCCAAAACGGAAGUGACUUCGCUGCGAAGCACCAGCGUUCAAACGGUGACACCUCCGGCUGAACACAACACUGUUACAGAGAUUGAUGGGAAAAGAACUGAUGUUAUCAAAACUAUAGAGACUAUAACCAAGGAAACAAAAAAGAUGGAAGAUAAGGCCAUAGUGGUAGACUCUCCAAUUGAUGUGGUGAACGAUGUUCCUCCAUCACCGUUGUUGCCCCAGCAACCACAGUCGCCACCAUCACCGCCACCAUCUGUCGUCCCACAGCAGCAAAGCCUGGGAACCAUGACCGAGUUAGUCAGUAGUGAGGAAUACAAAGAGGAAGAGUUUGUAGAAGAUGAAGAAGACGAAAAAGAAAUCAAAAGCGAACAUUCUGAAUAUGUUGAACCUAUGAUCGAGAAGAAACCUGACUUGGAAACUCUUUUGAAACCUGCAGACCCAGUCUCACUGAAAUAUACGUCCACGGUAGAGGAUCUCUCCGAGUAUGCCAGUAGUUUGAUUGCACUUAAGAAAAGUGAAUUAACGGAACUGAAUCGUCCACCACCAUCUCCAUCACCAUCUUCAUGUUCAUCUCCAUCACCAUGUCCAUCGCCUCCGGUUACUGAAAAGUCAGCUAUCUAUGAGAUGACUGAGACUGAGAAUAAGAUGGCAGCUUUGGUUCCUAAGAUGGAUCUCAGUAUGGAAACGUUUGAUCUCAUCAAAAAAGAGAAAAUGGUGUCCGAUGACAUGGCAACUGUGCAUAGUGUACUGUCGCGUACUCACGGUAUAGAUGCUGCGCAGCUGGAAGCCAUAGAAGGAAUUGCGUUAUUGAGUGAAGCGGCCGUACACCAAAGUCUGCACACGAUGGUGGAAGAUAAAUAUGAACGCAAGACUGAGAUGAGCAAAGGGCACGAUUUAACUGAUGGUCGUUACCAUGGUAACGAGUUUACUGAUUUAAAUGCUAAUCAUUAUUCAUCUAGCUGUCAGCAAAUUUCAUCCUCCUCUUCCUCCUCAGAAUUCGUCAUUAAAACCAAAAGUAAAGUAUCAGUAACAAUUAGAGAGGAGUCAUUAGGAAAAACUGUUUGUAGUGGGUUAAAGCUACCUAUUGGUACGGAUGGAAUGGAUGCAAUGGAACUGGAAAUGAGGAUGAAACUAGCAGAAUUACAGAGGAAAUAUAGAGAAAAGCAAAAAGAAUUGGCAAGGUUACAGAGAAAAAAAGAUAGGGAUCACAAAAGUGAUGAUAAAAAUAGUAGUCCAGUAAAGAGAGGUCCUGGUAGGCCCAGGAAGAGGAAAUUCAGCGCAGUUCAUCAAAAACUAUCACCGAGUAAAUCAACAAAUUCACUGGAGGACUUGGAAAGAAGUGUGAAGAGUAAAUUAGGCAAGAAUCGAAUCCUGGAUCCGUCUCUGCCGAUUGAACCACCGCCACCGAAGAAAAGGAAAAAGGCUUCAAAGGAUAGUGAAAGAAAAUCAUCCAAAGACUCAUCUUCCAGCUUCACAGGAGACAAAGCUGAAAAGCCAAAGAAAAAGAAAUCCAAGUCUCUUCUUGAGAAAGCUAGCAAGAUGGCUGCUGCGGGCGGUAUCCAAUCAGAAAUCAUCAGCAAAAUUAAAGUAAAGACAAGUUCUUCUUCACCAUCAAAGAGCAAAAAAAGCUCUAAGAGCAACAUUGACCUGUUGACCUCUACAGACAGCAUCAACAAAACACCUAAAGUAAAGAAAUCCAAGUCAACUUCUCCAGAUGAUGCUCAUAUCAAAGUUCUCAAAGAGAAGAAAAAAGAUUCUGAAUCUGGGAAUAAAAAUAAAAAUAAGACCACUAAAUCCAAAGGGAGAGGACGUCCAAAGUUGAUCUGUACAAAGUUGACCUGCUCACCACCUGACAUUGAUUCAUUAGAUAUAUUGAACCUUGGUGACAUGGAAACGGAACCCUUCCCAGUGGACAUUUCAAAAUGCCUGGAAACCACUCCAAAGAAACCAAAGGAAGGUAAAGAGAAGAAAAGGAGUAAAGAUAAGGCAAAAGCAAACAAACUGAAGAAGAAAGCUCAGGCAGAGGUAGAUUGUCAUGGUGAUGCGGCUGUUAAAAGUAGAUCUGAUAGAUAUGAUGACAUUAUCGAAGACGUUGUAACGCGUUACAGUAAAAUAAAAACUGAGACUCCUGAAGUUGUGCAGAGAAGUAUGGAUAUUUAUGAUGAAUCAAAUAUUGAGUUGGAUGAAAUGGCCAUGGAUGGUCUUGGUCUUCUCACAAAGUAUGCGACUGCCGCUUCUCCUAAAGUCUGUGCAAAGAGAAAGAGGCACAGUUCGGGUAAAGAGUCAGAGUGUUCAACAUCUGAUGUGGAAGUGAAGAAAAGGAAACCCGGACGACCCAAGAAAAGUGUAUCACCAGCAAGAGUGGAAGACGUUCAAGGGAAAGUCGGUGAGUCAUCAUCAAAGAAGACAACAACCAGCAAGCCCAAAUCACCCAAACCAGUGACUAACGAGAGCAGAGAAGAGAAGCCCAAGAAAAGUAAGAAAAAGAAAAGUAAAGAGGAAGAAAUAGCGAAGGCUUUUAAAGAAUACGUGAAUACUGAGCGGUCAUCUUAUUUAGAACAUGAACGCAUUUGGCAGAGGCGGCGAAGUGAGAGAAUAUUUCUGAGUGACACCAGCCCUGUCCCAUCCCGCGAUGUCAGUCCUAUCAACAAAUCCUCUCUGCCAAAGAGCGGACAAGAAAAUAUUUCAUCAAGAUCUCAUAAAGAUGAUGAAACCCCACCAACUAUUACACCACCAAAGAAAGCUAAAAAGUCUAGCAGCAGUACCAGCAAAGGGAAGUCUGUUUCCACACCUGAAUUUCCACCGAAUGUUGAUGACUAUGCAAUGCCCCUCAGUCCUGCAAUGAUUAAGAAAAAGCCCUCUAAGUCAAGUGGUAAAGAUACAGACACCCCAGGUUCAAAGAAAAGUAAAGUGAAAUGUAAAAAAAAGAUCGAUUCCGAUGCCACGGUCAGUGCAAAGCCGAAGUCAAUGCAUGAACAUUCAUUGCAAGAUGACGACAUUUACAGCAAUGAUGGCUACGGUAGUGAGGAUGGUGAAAACAUACCCCUUAGUUCACUGGUGGAAAGACCAAUCACCCCAGAGCCAAGGUCUUGUACAAUUGUCCCAGAGGAGUUGGUAGAUGGUCUACGGGUGUUGAUACCAUCUGAAGGGCUGUUUUAUACAGGGCAUAUCAAUGCUAUCCAGGCUCCUGACAUUUAUGGUGUUGUAAUAGACGGAGAAAGGGGAAACAGACCACAUGUUUACUCACAGGAACAGAUAUUGCAAGAAGCUAUUCAUGAUGUCAAGCCAGGCUCCACACACUACUUACCAGAAGGUACCCGCGUAUGUGCCUAUUGGAGUCAACAGUACAGAUGUUUGUAUCCCGGAUGUGUCUCAAAAGGAAGUCCCAAUCCAGACAUCGACGAUAAACUCAUCAAUGUGGAAUUUGAUGAUGGUGAUUCUGGUAGGAUACCUUUGGAUCAUAUCCGGUUACUGUCCCAGGAUUAUCCAAUUGUUGAUAUCGAGCCAUCUCCCAUUAUGCCCCAGCGUAAACGUCGCCGUCGUACGUCGGGAGACAUCAGCUCGGAUGGUAGGGACUCAACGUCUCGAAUGUCGGGUUACUUUGAAACAUCACUGGGGGUCUUGGAUACCAAGGAGAGUGGCACAUCAAGUACAUCAAAGGAACAUAGUAAGAAGACAAAGAGCAGAGGACGCAAAUCUAAGAAAGAAAUGCUUGAAGAAUAUGACUUUCUGGAUACCAUAUCAGAAGUGGACAUGGAAAAUGACGUUUUCAUUGACGACUACAAACCACCGGAGAAAGUGAAAUCGCCGAACAUUUCAAAGUCCAGCCACGGUGACUCUGCCAAGUCUGCCAAGAAGUCUGAAAAGAAGAUGAAAAAUAAGGACAGAGACAGGUCGGAUUCCAAGGAAUCAAAGAAAAAAUCCAAGCAAGAUUCCAAGAAGGAGAAAAUCUCAAAAAAACUCAGCAGACAGAACUCCAAGAGUCCGAGCAAGGGUGAAGGUACACAAAGUGAUAGUAUGGAGAAUUCACAACCAAGUAGCAAAUCAAAGAAGAGUGGCAAACAUUCUGAGCUCAAAGGACAAAAUAAAGACAAGGCGAAGACAAGACUAAAGGAGAAAAAGAUAAAAAAAUCCAGCAAAAUCAAGUCUGAUUCUGAGGAUACAGAUUCAAGUUCAACUAAAAAACACAAGAAACAUAAACACAGCAAAGACAGGGACAAGAAAGAUAAGGAAUCAAGGACAAAUGUUGCCAACGACGAUACAGUUUUCAGUCCUCCACUUCAACCUCCAAAGAAAAAACCUGACUUAACGGUGUGUGUCAAAACAAACGAUUUGAAUGUUCCUGAAGAAUCGCAAUCUGAUUCGACGGCGGAGGACGUGGAUGUGCGCAGCUGUUCUGAAGGUUUGGAUAGCACCGAAACAACACCUAUGACGAGUACGCAGACAUCUGAUAAUGAUGGGGAAUUGACGGACGAGGACACUACGAAUAGUGACUCAACAUCUGAAGUGUCCAGUGACUUAUCGGCGGAGAUAAAAAAGAGUUCAAAGUCUGCCAUUGCUGCGAAAAGAGGAAGAAAAACGCGACUACCAUCAGCCAGUAAGAUUGCUGCAUUUCUGCCGUCUCGUCAGCUGUGGAGGUGGUGCGGCAAAGCGACUCAGCGUCGAGGAAUGAAAGGGAAAGCAAAGAAAGUAUUUUACAAAGCCAUAUGCAGAGACAAAGAAAUUAUAAGGGUCAAUGACUGUGCUGUUUUUCUUUCGACUGGACGGCCGCAUUUACCAUAUGUUGGUAGAAUUGAAAGUAUGUGGGAGGCGUGGGGCGGUAACAUGGUUGUUAAGGUCAAGUGGUUCUACCAUCCAGAAGAGACGAAAGCUGGAAGACGUGGCAAUGACGGAAAGAUGGCGCUGUAUCAAUCCCCCCACGUAGAUGAAAACGACGUACAGACUAUAUCACACCGAUGCGAGGUGCUCUCAUUCGAAGACUAUCAGGAAAGGACAGUAACAACAAAUGGAAACUCCACAACAACCACGUCAACUAAGGACAAAUCGAAAAGCAACGUGGACAACGAUGAUGUCUAUUACCUAGCAGGAACUUAUGAUCCUGCCACCGGUAUGCAGGUCGAUGAACUAUGAACGAAAUUAUGCUCAUGACUGAAUUGAAAACUGUAUGAACGCUACGAAGAAUUAUGUAUUCUAGUAGUUCAAUCUCAAGCUGUCUUCAACUUUCCUUUAAUACGUUACCAUGACAUUUCAUUGCUUAUAUUCAUAUUUUUCUAUGAAGAAGAUAUUACAGACAUUUUACGGACAAUAUGAUAUUAUGACAUAAUAGUAUCAGGUGUCGUUUGGGGACUUUGACGAG